AUGAGUGUAGGAGCGUUGACCGGCCUAGUUAUUCUUCCCUUCAUGCUGGAUCGUCUGGGGCGAAAGCCAUGCUUGGUCUUCGGUUCAAUGUUUAUGCUGCUUGGCGUUGCCUUACAGUCUGGAUCGAUCAACUUUUCCAUGUUCGUAGGCGCUCGAUUAAUCCUGGGAUUCGGCGACAUAAUUGUCAUAUGUACGGCUCCAAUGCUCAUCACAGAGAUUGCACCUGCGCAAGAUCGAGCAAUCUUGGUCACAAUCGCCGGUGCAACUUACCAUUCUGGUGCAUACAUUGCAGCUUGGACCACAUACGGUACUCUGAAGAUUCAACAUGCCGAAGGCAACGAGGCGGAUGAAGUUGUACAGUUGGAAUUCACAGAGAUCACCACGGCGAUUGCUAUGGAAAAGAACUCAGAGGACUCCAGCUCGUACGUGGACUUUUUGCGCACACCGGGAAAUCGUAAACGACUCCUAAUCAUUGCUUCAUUUGGACUAUUCGCUCAGUGGUCUGGCAAUGGUUUGGUUUCAUAUUACUUGAAUCUCAUCAUGGACAGCAUUGGGAUUAGGGAUGCCAACAAGCAACUGCUCAUCAACGGCGCAUUGACCUCAUUCAAUCUCGUCACUAAUGUGUUUUUCAGCUUUUUCGUCGACAAUUGGGGCAGGCGACCAAUCAUGCUGGUAAGUUCUGCGGGAAUGCUUGUCUCUUAUGUGAUGUGGACAGCAUUUUCAGCGAAAUACGACGCACAUGCCAGCUCAAGUCUCGGGUCUGGCGUCCUGGGAAUGAUCUUCAUAUACUAUCUGUUCUACAACCUUAAGUCAGGUUUGAUUGCCAGUUAUACCACCGAGAUCCUUCCCUAUUCUAUGCGGGCCAAGGGAUACACGAUCAUGGAAUUUGCCAUGUACAUUGCGCUGUUCUUUAACCAAUACGUGAACCCUAUCGCACUUGAGAAUCUCCACUGGCGAUAUUAUAUCUUCCACAGCUGCUUCUUGGCACUCGAAGUCGCCGUUAUCUGGUGCUUCUAUGUGGAAACCCGCUAUGUGCCAUUGGAGGAAAUCACCAAGCUGUUCGAUGGCGAUGAUGUGGCAGCGGCGACCAAUGUGGAGAUGGAAAAGACAUGGGAGUCGGGCAAGGGCUUCACAACCGCGGUACAUAUCGAAGGUGCAGACUGA